AUGCCUGCCUCUCUGACUGAGGCCAAGGAUGCGCUGGUGCUGCGCCUCAAGUUCCACAAGUCUACGCUCUUCCUCCCGUGCCAGCCCGCCGACUCGCUGGCAUCGCUCAAGGCCGGCUUCGUCUCAGCCGUCCGCUCCAGCAACCAGCCCGAGCUCUCGUCUCUGCCCCCGUACUCAACCGCCGACGCCAAGUCGUAUCCGAGCUGGUCCGACAUGGAUCCCGACACCGACGUCGGUCUCUUCAUCGCUAGCAGCACAGGCAACGAUGCGGCAGGCCUCGAGGGCAUGACCGUCUUCAUGCCGCUCGAACACGACGCAACCGGCGCAGACACCACCGUACGCAAGGCCGGUCUCAAGGACUCGGACGCCGUGUGCGUCGGCUUUCGUGCUCAAGGCGCAGCCUCCAUCUCCCAGCCCGUCGUUCAAUUUACCGAUGUAGAGGAGGACGACGAGGCCGCCGACCCAGACUCUGUCCCGCCACCCCUCUCAGAAUGA